AUGAGAGGACCGCUGGAGACCUUCGACGACGUAGUCGCGGCGCUGCGGGCCGGCCACCUCGUCACCGGCAACUUCGACACCACCCAGUGCGAAGACUCGGCCGUUCCCGAACCCAUCCUGGCGUCCUUGCACUUCGACGAGUGGCAAUACGUGGACACGCUCGAGACAGGCCUUGCGAUCACCGGGAUGCACAACUUCAUGACGCCUGACGGGGCGUUCGUGGUCGUCUUCUCGUACUUGACGCCCUCCGGGAUUGCCGGGUUCAACGCCUACCAGGUGGCAACGGAGACCGGCCUCAUACAGGCCAGUUAUACCGCGUUUUGCACGUUCGGUACAGGAGCCACCUUCGUCGAGAAGGACAACCAUCAGCCGGACACCCCUGUGACAUCAUACGACGAUCUGAUGACAGCACUGACUGAAGGACGUCAAUUGGUAUUGACUGCGGUAAUCACCGACUGCGAGCAUUCCCUGCCGCCCGAGGUUCCACUCGUCGAGUCCGGAUCGACCUACUAUCAGUACUACGUCCUCUCAGACGCAGGUGGAGACGAGGUGCUCGUCUUGGAAUGGCCUGGCUUGUCCCUCAGCGUUAAUGAGGGAGAGACGGUUUACUUGGUGAUCAGGACAACCAUUUCUCAGGAUGGAUCCACACAUAUUACUUCCCAUGCCUACAACAGCUUGACCUGGGAGGAUGAAUAUCCUAAUCCUGAAGGAUUUCAGUGCGUCCUCGGGGAAAACGUCAACGCUUACUAUGCUUCAGGCGACGCAAUCGACACCUUAGGGUCAUACGACGAAGUGGAGGCUGCCUUCAUGGAGGGGAAGGACCUUCAGGCCUCGGUGGAUGUCUCCUCGUGCUCCGGCACUUUUCCAGACGGACUCAUGGCGUUCAUUGUAGUAAUAAUCGGGAUUGUGCCUGGACGACGACUGCGCGUUCGAUUUUGCGAGGACCCAUCUGACUUUUGUGCUCGUCCUAUAACUGAAAAGGCCGCUGGAGCCAUUAUCCUCGCUUGGGCUGAUGAUGUAGCCGGAGAAACGCCAGGAAUCCAUUUCUCGCAAUCCAUCGCUAACCGCGCCGGAGACGUCGUCAUCCAAGAAUUCCUUUUGGGAGAGGACGGCGUACUGCAGGUUCUGGUCACCGCGUUCAACCCUGUCGAUCCGGGCGACGUGCCAGAUAUAUCAGCAUUCACGUGUGACAUCGGUGACGGGGUCACCUUCACCGCCCCUGCCUUUAAUCGCGUGGAGCUGACGACCUACGCAUCGGUGAUGGAUGCCCAACUGAGCGGAUCGAAGCUCACGGCCGAGAUCGACUUCAGUCAAUGCGAGGACCCGACAGGCGAACUCGACCUCACCGGUCUCACGGCCGGCGCGUACUUCCGAUACGUCACGAUUCUUGGCGUUGGCACCCCCGAAGAGAGGAUGUUCGGAUCCGGCUUCGGAGUCCACAGCGACCCUAACAGCGGCGUGGCCUACGAGACCUUCGCGGCGACCGUCGACACGAGCAACAACGCCCUCGCCUACCCAGGCUACUGGCGGGCCGACGAGAGCGGCGCGUGGGGCAACGACUUCGGCGAUGCCGUCUUGGAAUGCGCCCUCGGUGCAGGGAUCAUGAUCUUCGGCGAAGCGUAGAGUCUAAUAAAAUCCGACUGAUUCGUUGCUGCACCCAUUCA